AUGUAAAGGGAAUUGUAAUUCGCGUAAGUUGAAAUAAAAAAUUUGCAAAGAACAAGAGGUUAAAAUGAAUAAUAAUAAAUUGCUUCGCUUCUUAAAGAGUUGUCUGAAAUUAAAUAAGAGAACAAUCAAUUAAAAGUAGAAUUAUCCAAAUAAUAAUAAAAAGCAAGGACUAAUUCGAUUCAAGAUAACAGUAUUAAUGAAAUAAGAAGACUAUCUCCUUACAUGAGAGUUCAUAAUUGUAGCUUUACAAAUCCUUCUUAAAAUCUUGUAAAAGAAAGAAGAGUUCCUUCGCUCCCUGAUGUUAAUUCAAAUCGAUUAUCCACCAAUAAGAAUUCAUUACAAAAUUUAUAAUAGAAUUAAUCUUAUUCCAAGAAACCUCCUCUUUAAUAGUUCAAUAAUAUUAGUCCUAUUAAAUAAAUAUUAUUUAUUCGUCAUUGA